AUGGAUGGUGGGGAUCCGGGGUUUAUUAUUCGCUUAGAGGAAGACGUGAACAAUGGCAGUAUUUUAACUUAUCAGGUGGGUGCAAACUUGAGACGCACACUAGAUUACUGGGGAUCACAGCUGUCUCCAAUGCUGACUGGCAGACAAUGCUCGAUUUUAACUCCUGUGCGAGAUUUGGGAAAUGAUCUUUGA